UUACGGAGCCCCCCGCAGCACUGGGCUCAGCUGGGCGGACGCGCCGGCUGGAGCCGCAGCUCCUCGUUCGGCUGCCUGCUGACAGAUCUUUUAUUGGUUGUUCUUUUCCUUCUUGCCUAGGUAUCGCUCUGCUCUUCUGAGAGUAACUGCAGGAGCCCUGAUCAGUGAGUAACCCACGAUUCCACGGGCGGGGACGAGGGCUGGUGGCCGCCCUCCCUUACCGCUGCGCUGUUGAUCUCCGUGCCAAGUCCCAGGCCUGGCUCGGUCGCCCCGCUCCGUGGGCGAGGGUAUUUAAAUCGGUGAAUCAUCUGCCUUCUUUCACAGAUGCCCUUAGAACAUGCCUAAUUGGACAAGUCUGUGGUAUGUCUGGCUAAUCUUGCUGACUGUGUUCCUGCUCCUGCUCUGUGGGAUCACAGCAAGCUGCAUCAGAUUCUGCUGCCAGAAGAAGAGGCUUCCAGUUGAGACCUGCCCUAGGCACCCUGAUGAUCUGACAGUUAUUGCUAUUGACAGUGACAGCACUGCCCACAGCACCGUGACCUCAUAUAGCUCGUUUCAGUACCCUCUGAGGGUCCCUAUUCCUUCGCUAUUUGUAGAUAUGGAUAAGACCACUGUGUCCCCUCCAGCUUACAGUCUCUAUGCGAUGGAGUUGCCACCUUCUUACGAUGAAGUUGUCCAAAUGGGUAAACAGUACACUGAAGUAGCACAGAUAAGCCAGAAACUCAAUGACACCCCUGGACAGGUGACACCAGGUGGGCUGAAUCCCAUCCAGUAUUCACCUGAUACAAUCAACAGAGAUCCAGCAACACAGGCAGAUUCAGAAAAAUCAGAAGAUGCAACACAAGAACAGCUGCAGCUCUGACUCAUUUCAGAUGGGGAGUAAAGGAAGGGAAGCACAGUAAGAGUUAAAGAAGACAUGAAGAGUUUGGUUUUAUAAGUAGGUUAUGAUGGAAAGAUGUUUCCUCUCAUGCCCUUGUAAUGAUCUGACAGUUAGAAGAAAUGUUUUCUGUGACGGCUGUGAUCUGGUAAAGCUCCUUCAAGGAUAUGAAAUGAAGUAAAAGGGCAGAAGUUUAAAAAUGCCUGUAAAAGUGGGACAUGAAUGCUUUCCAUCUUCAGAUUAAAAAAUAUUUAUAUAUUCCUUGUGUCCAGCAUAUGGCAACAAAAAAAGUCAGGGGAAUUUUGCCAUCUUGGGAAUGAACACAAGGAGUCAGAACAGUACAAAGAGCAAGCUGUUGUUCCAGAACAGAAGCUUCCCAAACUGGAGUUGAAAGGGGAAUCCUAGCAAGUCACGCUGAAUAGCCUCUUUUCAGAACAUUAACUGUCCAGGAAAUUGCUGGAGUGCAAAUUGCUACAUAAUGGCACAUGUUCAUUAAACUGCAGGAAGACGGCAAAGAAGGACAGGAAAGUGUGUGGAGGGAAAUGCAUGAUGUUACGUUUCACAGCUAGAGACAAGGAAUGAGACAGAUGAGAAAAGAUACUUUUUUGUUGGUCAUGAGACCUGAAGGGAUUGUUUUUGAGUUGGGUUGUGGUUUUUUUUAGUAUCUUUAAACUUAUAUUUUCAGGAUGAGCUGGCUUGAGUGGGAUCCUUUUACUACUUAUUUUUGCCAGUUAAAAUACAAACUAGUCUCAAAGAGACACUUGCACACAUGGUUAAGUAUUACUAAUGGGUUUCAAAUAGUCAUCAGAUAUUUCAAAGGUGCUUAUACUUAAUCUGCUCAGGUGUCAGGGCGUCUCUUCAGUACAGAAAAGAAAAAAAAUAUUGAAGAUUCUUGGCCGCUUUCACCAGUUCAGUAUGGAGAUGAGCUCAGUACUGUGCAGGAUGAUACAAAGCAUAUUCUAGCUGUGCCACCUAGAAUCGGUUACAAAUACUAAAUGUCAUUGCAUGGGAUGGGCAAUAGCCCAGGAAAAUUACUCUUUUAGGAAUGUUUCUUUGUGAAAUAGUGAUAGCAAGGGUAACUGCUGUGCAUUAUUUUAAGGCUGGGGCUUGGAGUCUAUUAGAGUGGUCUCAGCCCAGACAAAAAUAUGGGCUAUGAGAGCUCUUUUUUAAAAUGACAGCUUUCCCUUUCUUGUCCCUCCCAUAUUCCAAACAGUAUGGAUUUUGUCCACUCCUGAGUAGUGAUUUUUUUUUAAUACACUUUAACAAGGUGCUAAUUUGGCUACCUUUAUGAACAUGAGCAAUCUACAGGAUGGUUCAUUGCUAUGGGAUUAUCUACAGCAUAAAAGAGGGAAAGAAAGCACGAGCACUAGGUGCUGUUAACAAAUGUAACUUGAAGUGUGAAGUGCUAGGUCAGAGUUACUGUUGACUGGCCUUCUAACAAGAAUGUGACUGGUGGUCUGCAUUUCUGCUGAAGUUGCUUUGGUAGCUGUGAGAAAGGGCUACCUUCCACAAAUCCUAGGUGUCUGUCAUUAAUAAGCAGUAGAAGUGGUGGGCACAAAAUCUUGUAUGGCCUUUAGAAGCCUAUCCUCUGACAACCAUUGCUGCAAUAACUACCCUGGGAAUGAGCGCUAAUGAUUUAAAAAUUAAGAUCUCUCUGCCAGCCGACAGGACUGGGACUAAAUCUCUGCCACACGUUCAUGGUGUGUGAGCUGUUAGAGUCCGGCUCCCUAGGGAAGUGUUGAUUCUAUAUUUAACUUGCAUGUAGCUUACUAUGAGUGUUGCAGGGAAAGGCUGGUUUAACAGAUCUGCUUCUUUUCUAUCUCUUCUCUCUCAUUCUUAGUUAUACUUCUGGCUUAUUCUCUCCUCUGCCUUUUUCUGUGCCAGGAUGGAGGCUAGGCAUAACGCAAUAUAACUAUUUAGAUGUCUCUAGCUGAAAGAGCGACAUAUGCCCAGUUCUGGGUGUCCCCAUGUCACAAAUACAGCAGAUGUAUUUUUAUUUAUUGAGCUUUCCCAUCAGGAUAGUACUCAGGAACCAAUUCUAUGUCUUUCCAAAGAAGAAAUAUCUGUUGGGGGGAAAUGGCUGAGCACUCACUCACUAAUAGAAACAGGAACAUAAAACCAGGCAACUGAAAAAAUGGUGAGUGACACAAGAGGGCAGUCCUUCCCUUCUCAGUAUAUUGCAUUACCUCCCCUGGGGAAGAGCUUCCCCAGAGCCGAGCUGUUGCAGACUCGAGGGUGCCCCUAAGGCCUGGUUUUGCUUCGUCGCUCAGAGGUUGCUCUGCAGUGCAAGGACUGAGCUUGCCUGGGGAGGAUGGAGGAAUCGGCACAACGGUUUGACUUCCCUUCAUGCUUUUACUUACACAACACUUCAGUCUUGUGAGUUGUCAGCUGGACCUGGCAGACUAAUCUACCAAACCACAGGGAGAUCUGUCUCCAUCUCGUUAUGGAGGAUGAUAGUUCUACCUGCAAGACCCUGGUCUAAGCCCUAAGUGCCUGUGGAGUGCUCACAAAUCAGAUCUGACUCCGUUACCACCUGCAUUAAUAGAAAAGCCUGUCUCACUCUGGGGCACCUCUGUUGCCAGUCUAGCCUAGCUGGAAUUGCCCUCCAGUAAUCUAUCACUCCCAUCCUUAAUUCCAUACUUCCGCAAGUCAUUAUCCAGAGUAAAAGAAAACAACUGGACUUGCCUCUGCUUUACAAAAGAACAGAGUAGGGAAAGAGUAACGCUGCAGGGAUGGAGUUUCUGUGUGUGCAUGUUGGAAGCAAGUGUUGUUUGACACAGCACAGUGAAUAAAGCACUUAGUUUUUUCCCUGACUUCCUAGGAAGAAGGGCAUCACCUGGUGUUUCCUUUCUAACACCUAAGGAAAAGUCUUGUGUCUUGCCCAGGUCCCUUGCCUUAUAUUUGAAUUAAUGAACCAUGUUAUAAACUAUUUGUUAACAUAAACUGCUGACCUAAUCAGCCUGCAGAGACACAGAAUUUUCUUUGUACAUCAAAAGCAGCUCAGUUUGCUCCUGACAAUGUUUUCAAUAGUGAUGUCUCAGCCCUUUAUCAAAAUUGUUUGACUCCUUACAGAAAGCCGAUAAUCAAAGCUGUCCCUGGCCCUAUGUCUUUGAGGACGCAAAUUGCCCCCACAACUGUUCGUUAUUUACAUCUCCACUUAACAGGUUUCUUCAGUUCAAUAGCAUUGCAGAAGUUACAUCCCUCCAGACAGAAAGAUGGUGACUAGGGGAUUUACAAAUUCCAUUUAAAUUCCUGCAGCAAACAAAGAGCUGUCUUCCCAUCUUCAGAACAGUUUAUAUUUGUACAGAAAGUCCAGUUCAUCAAUUAGAAUCACUGUUGUGUGCGGGCAUACAGUGAGAGAAAAUGACCCCUUAACCAACUCAUGUCAGAAAAAAGCAUUAAAAGAGUGGUCUCCUGAAUCCUGGCCUACACAAGCAAGAGCUUGAAAACGUCGCUCCCAUGUGCUCUACCUAAUGCUAAAGAGCAGGAAGGAGAGUGGGAAAUAGUCUCACCUGAUCACCUGUGUCCUUUCUGUUUAAUUGGGCAAGUUGGAGAAAGACAGAUUUUCCUGUUGCUGAUGUCUAUAAAAAUAGGCUUAGUUGCCAGCUUCUGCUCAAGAUGCAUCUUUGUAAUAUGACCAGGAAGAGGACACUAUAAGCUCCUAAUCCUACUGUACGGUAAGAAAAAAUUAACUUUGUUUUAACUGAUGUUUUAAAACUCACGAAGUAAAUCCAGACAUGUGGAAUGGAGAUUAAUGCUCUGUCUUGAUUUCAAUUGCUGUUUUCAGCUGUUUCUCAUUUGACUUUUGCUUUGUGUUCUGCAAAGCUCUGUUUACCUCUCAGUGUGGGAUCUGAUCUUACAGUCCUAGAAAACUUUGUUUUGUUGUUGAUGCUCUUAAUGAGGUUCAAACAGCCUCAAAAGUGGGAUACUUUCAAAAGCUCACAGCCUAGACAGACAUAGUGUUCCUUUGUGUUUAUUCUACUGAGCAUGUAAAAGGGAAAGGAGGGAUAGGACUAUUCUUAAACUUUUCUUAUUCUUGCCGGGUAUGAUGACUGGGUCCCUGGUUUUCUCAGUGAUAAGUAUUUGGAAUGUAAAUGUUUGCCUUUAGAUUUGGAUUCUGCACUAUUGAAGUCAGAGGACACAAAAUGAGAUCCUGCUGCAGAAAAAGAGAUUACGUUCGGUUUUAUUCCUUUUAGCCACAUAUACAUUCCCUCCUGUAAUUCCAAACAGGUAUGAUGUCUCAGUUUCUGGUCAGAAACCUUGCACAGUGUUGCCGUAGGCUCUUAAAGAGCCAUCAAACAGCAUCUAGACAUGGGUGUAUAUUAGUGAGAAAUGAAGUGUUCUCUAUGGGUAUUUCUUAUAGCCAGUUUUUAACGUGCUUUGAAAUUUCAAAACAAGACACUAUAACUGAUGCUAUUUAUUAGUGCUAUAGUCAUCUAAACUGUGAAUGUGUAGACCAGAAGCCUUUCACGAGAAAUGUGCUGUCUCUGGUGGUAGUAUAGAACAGUCUCUCGGGAAGAUCCAGGAUCAGUAUAUCUCCAUUCAUAAAGAAAUAACCUAUAAAUUAUGCCCGCUCAAAAAUGCUUUAAUAAUUAAACAGUUUUUUUAAAAAAAAAGUUUUCUAGAACAGAGAAGUGAAUUUAAAUGGGCAGAUUAAAAAAAUUCAUUUACUUUCUAAUAAGCUAGUCAUUCAUGCAUAUCUAAAUGAUUUUAAGUUAGGCAUUUAACCAAACAGGACUCCACUCAUAGUUAGAUCUGCUCAGGGUUACUCUGAAAUCAUUUGUUUUUGAUAAGUGUGUAUCACAACACUUUUUUCAUACAAGUCUCAUGCUAUGUGUGUAAAAAAUGGAAUAUUACAGGCACAUAGAGAAGCUGCAGGUGUUAGCGUGGUACAGCAAAGAAAGGCAAUAUAUGUGUCGUGUUCUCAGUACCUUUGAAGAAUGCUCAGAUAGAAAAUCACUAAUCUAUGUGAAGUGCUGGCCCUAAAUGGAAAAUGAACUCUCCCUUUCAUAUUGCAGAAGACGGCUAGGCAGUUGGUCAUCUAGAGACAGGGUUUCUUGAACACCCCUUAUGGCUUCAAGAGCUUGAGACUGAGAGCCCUAUUUUUGGAAGACUUGCCUCUGAGUAUCUGCUUAAGAUUGGAGCUCACAGCCAAGCUCUACGUGUCUAACAUGUCCAAAGGACGCUUCUUCUGAAACCAUAUAUUUUAAAAGAUAAGAAUUAUAGAUAUACUUGCUAGGAAUUUCAGAAAAGACAAUUAAGAGAAAACAUUUGAUAGAUAUUUCCUUUCCUUUAACCUUUUGAGUAAUAACAAAUAAUCAAUCCAUGGCACUGGUUGUUCCCUGGUACUCAGCUGGUGCCAAAAAUACUUACACCACUUGCAGAGAUAAGAAAAGGUCUGUUGUGACAACAUACCAAAGAUUAAUCUGGUUUAUGCUGAAGAAAUCUACAAACUCUUCUCAGGAUUGCUUACACUAAAUGGGCUUUAAUGGUCCUGGCAGUACUGGAAGCUAUAAUCUAGACAGGUUCUUGAUGACCACAAUUAACUUGGUGAUUUUUAAAUGCAGCAUCUUUCUUACCCAGAGCUACAUUGACAGCAUAUUGAUGCAAGUGCUCACAUUUUACGAUGCCACUAUUGAAAUGAUUUCCCUUUCUAACGACGAAGGCUUCUACUCCCUGGCUUGUGGGGAAAUCUGCUUGCAGCUGCCCAUGCAUGUGCUGCUGAGAUGUGUUCUGUUUAGAAGUCUGUUAGGUGACCUCUAUCGAGUAGUUUCUCUUAUGUUUCUGUUUCUUUUCCCAGCCUGUCAGUCUGGAGUUUAAGACUUCUGUUCUCUGGUGCAGGAAAUUCUCCCACAGUGCCUACUAUAGUGGGAAUCUGGUCAUAGAGACAUAUUCUUCAUAUUCAAAUAAUACCAACAGCUGGGGAUUUGUGGGAGACAGACACCACAAACCCAAAACCCACAAAGAAACCCUCAAAAAAAACCAAAACCCAAACCUCUGAAUUCCUUGAGCAGUGGAAGUAAUGCAGUCUGGUUUUCUAGGUGCCUAAAUCUUAUGACAAAGUUCCCUAACAUUGAAGAAGGUGUAACCUGCACUAGCAGCUUUCCUUACAGUUAGGGCAUGCAUAAGCUUUUUCUUGUCUGCACCCUCCAGUGCCUAAGAAGGGUGAGCUCAGGCCCAAGUCUUUCUUGCAAUGGUGGUGUUAAAAGAUCCCCUUUCUCUAUGCAGCUCCUGUUUUCAUGAAACAUUUGGAAGCUUCCUGUCUUUGAAACCUCCCGUUCCCUAUCACCGUGCUUGAAACUGGUCAGUGGAUUCAGGAAUUAUUAUCUGGGUGUGGAGAGUGGGAAGAGGGGAGACGAGACACGGAUUUGACUGUGAUUACAAAGCCUCGCUUCUAUAAGAAAUCAGGUUUAAAAAGAACAUAAAGUAGGAGGGUUAAUCCCACAGCAGAGGGAGGAGCUGAUGGAGGAGCUAAGAAUUCUGAUUUCAGUCUAGUGUUUUUUCACCAUCACGAGAUCCACUCAAGUCCGAUUAUAUCCACACAAGCUUUGUGACAUCUCUAAAGGAAAAGCCCCUCUCUGUAAUUACCCAAAGUGCAUUUCUAAUUGUGAUUUGAAUUUGGUGCUCAUUUGGCACUGUUCAGCAUGCAAUUUUUCUUCUCUCAUUUGUCCAAAAUGAUUGUUUUGCUGGUUAUUUUCUGUUGCUAUUUGCUGGCUGUGUGAAAGAGCCUAUGACAGGGAGAUGUACUGCUGGAGAAGCUGGUGCUUACAUCACUGCCAGCAGCUUGCAGUCUUGUCUUUCCACUCUCGCACACACAUGCACUCAUCAUGAGCACUUGUGCUCAAAAAGAAAAUGCAGACUUGGAAGUAAAUUGCCUCAAUAAUUCAUAGGCUUUAUAGCCCAGAGCAAAUUAUACCUUGGCUCUGUCAUGCAAUUCAGGUUGCAAAUCCCUUUAUAGCCAAGCUCAUUAACAAUAUAAGUGGUACAUCUAUAAUGGCUUUUAUAAUCGAUGCAUUAUCAUCUUUGGAGGGUAUUAAGUGGUAAACCUGCAGCAUCCAAAGUGAAGCAUCAAUAGGGUCUAGAUAUAGUAAGAGUCAGAGAAAAAAACAUUUCUUCUUCUGCCUUGCAGUUGCCUUUGUCUGCCUUGCUGCCCCACCUCCCUCCCCCUUGCAAAGUUUAGAAGGUUUGGUUGGUUUCUUUUCUAACUGCAUUUCAACUUUAUCAGGUGCAGGUUUUGAGGGAAAAGAUUCACUGCUAUUGCCAGUACUGAUGAGUGGGACACUUGGAGACGUACAAAAUCUACUCGCUUACAGAAUAAAAUAGCUCUCACAGAAUCACUUUCCCGAUUGUUGCUCUCACCUGUCUCCUGGCUCUGAUUCUAAUCGUCUUUACCUGUUGGAACUAUUUUUGCUUAGGGAGAUAUCUACUAAUUUUGCUGCAAGUAGCAGAGGUUCUUUCCUCUACCCACAACUGAAAUGCAAACCAUGAGAAAAGCCUUUGAAUUGUAUUCAGAGCAGACUAUGAAAACAAAGUAUCAUAGGGAAAUUGUGCUUUACAAAAAUGGAGACCAUAAAUGUUUUAUGAAAUAUUACAUCCUAAGGUUAAAUCCAAUGCACAAAAAAGCUUAGGUGCAAAACCACAUUACUGGGGAAACAUUCUGUUCUGGUCAGUUGAAACGCAGAAUAUAAAAUACCAGAGCUCUUUUUAUCUUACUGGGGGGAAGAAGGGGGCUGUGGAAAAGAAUGCAUACUUUUAAAGAUAUUUCACAUCUUCUUAGAAUAAUAAAGCUUGCUCUGGACACCUGGAGAAAGGAGAAAAUAAAUUUCUAUCUCAAAUGUAGAAAUGCCUGAAUCUUCAUUGAACUGCUUAAUUUUUACUCACUUUUUUAGCCUGUUUUCCCAAAUAGUUCAAAAAGGAAGCAAACAAAGAACUGCCUGAUGUUGAACUCUGUGUGCAUUGUUUUUUCUCUUUCCAUGCUAACAGUUUACAGCAUAAGCUACUUCCUUCUCACAAGUAAGGAAGCAUAGUCCCAAGGUCAAAGUAUUGGCCUGGGAAACCCAGCUCAGCUACUGGUUCUGCCACAGGCUUCCCAUAUGACAUGGGCCUGUAAAACAGAGGCUGCAGCAUUAUCUUAUCUUGCAAAGAAUUUUGAGGAUGAAUACAUUGAGCGUGGGCUGCACUGUCAUAAUGAAAUACAGAUAACACCGUCAGAGCAUGAUGAACUUUGUGUGGGACAUGAAGCUCAGGAAAAAAAAUUUCCCUGCUCCCUCCCCCUCUGGAGGGGGGUGGAAUCUA